AUGACAUAUGAGUUUAGGACUAUAAACUGGCAAGGCAAUCUGAUAAAUAUUCUACCUGAACAAUAUGUUAUUAAAAUUCCUCUGGAUUGCAUUUACCAUAGAAUGGCAGAUGACUUUAUAAUUCCUUCCUCUUCUCUACCUAAUCCUAUUUUUAUCGAUCUCUUUGAUGUCUGA